AUGCCGUCGACUGAGAAGCCGUCCGUCCCGCCGGCUGCGAAGCCUCGCUUCGGCAGCACCUUCGACCCCUACAAUUCAAGUAGCACAGGCCACCAGCGUCCAGAAAACACCCCGGGCGCGACGACGGGGUGGCGAACCAGCCGCGUCCGGAAGCUCUCGGAGCAGUUUGCUGGCGGCCACUCGGGCGGGGCCCGCAUGAGCGACACCUACGGCGCCGGCAGCGAGGACUUUGACGAGAAGCUGAAGAUGGUGGUGCCGAAGGACGUCAAGGCUCGAGCAAAGAUGAGCGUGGCCGACAUGCUUGCCCGGCCCGGGCUGAUGAGGGGCGGCUCCUCCGUCUCCGAGACAGGGUCCGCGACGUCAGCCACGGGCGGAAACUCCACGAGUGAGGAGGGGAUUCUCGAGGCUCACCGGAAGGAAGAUGAGGAGAAGGAGCCGAAGAAGGCCGCCGGCAGGGGCUUGUUCGAAGGUGUCACGGUCUACAUCAACGGGAGCACGCACCCCAUCAUCUCCGAUCACCGACUCAAGCGCGUGCUGGUUGAGAACGGCGGGCGUAUGUCCAUCCAUCUCGGCCGGAGACAGGUCACGCACGUAAUUGUCGGGAGGCCGGCGAGCGUAGGGGCCGGGGCUGGUGGAGGGCUAGCGGGCAGUAAGUUAGACAGGGAGAUACGUAAAGUCGGCGGGUGUGCCGUGAAGUAUGUCAGCGUCGAGUGGCAGGGUUUUGGAGAGUCUUAA